AUGGUCAGGCCUCACGAAAUGAUCAACAUGCUAUGGCAGCCUCCCAGCACGCGUCGGGGGAGGAUUCGUCGCUUUGAGAAGCUUGAUAAAACCCUUCCCGAAAACUCAAAGUACUACAGUCACUGGGGUUACUCUAUCUAUCGCACGCACUAUAGUCUCGAGUCCAAUAAGCAAUGGGAUACGCUGCUUGACACUUUAAAACGGCAAACUAUGCUUCCAGUUGGUUACUAUCAAGACAUGCCCUUUGAAGAUGAGCUGAUGCACCAGCAGGCCGAUUUCUUACCAAAAACCUGGUAUUACCAGAGCCAAAAAGAAUAUUCGGAUGAUAUCAAGCGAAUAAAAGACUUGUUCCAUCUUAAUAUUCGUGAGGAUUCAUCACUCAACGGCUUGGGAGUCCAUGAGAUCCGCGAAAUGUGCCUUCGUGAUAGACCCGAGGAAGAAGAAGCCAUGGCAGGGCGUCGGUUCAGAUUCGUUCUUCUUGCCGAUAGAGCAGUAUUUAAAGCUAUAGAAAGAGGCGAGUUUGUCGUUAAGGCAGUCUCAUAUAACUGGGAGGAUGGCUGGAAUAAUUGGGGCUGGAUGAGAAUACCAACAGUAUAUCUGCUUGAGCUUUGGCACUCGCUCAUGGGAAGGGACGAUAAUUACCAUAGGGUGCUAUCUUUCGAUGGUCCAGAGGAGGACCUAGAGGACGAAUGCUCCGAAAUACGAGAAUGCAUUCACUACACCAACCAAAAGUACCCAGGAAACCCUGUAUAG